AUGAUGUUUUUGUGAUUGGGAUGUAGCGUGCAAUUGAAAAUCAAGAAUGUUGACGCGGCGCGAGCUCGUAUGCUGGUAUCGGUUGCAGAUCCGUCGCUUACAAAAGCAAUUGCAACGACUCGAAUUGGACGUUCAUCUGGGNUAACUGGAACAUUGAAUGCUGUCAGUGAUCAGAAGCAAUUGCAACGACUCGAAUUGGACGUUCAUCUGGGCAAAAAAUUGGAUGGAACAGUUCAUACGUCGAUGGCGAUACCGUUGUUGAGUGACAGUCUCGAUCCUUUAAUCGAUACGUUGAAAGAUUGUUUUAAAAUUGGUGCGAAAAUCAUGCAGGUCACUGUUCUUGGUGAAAAUGCUAAGAUCUUAAAGGUGACCAGUAAACGUUUCGUGAUUGAUUGGCUGGAAAGGCAUUCCCCUAUAAAGAGCUUCGAUGAUCUGUCGAAAGGUUUAUUGGUCUGUGGUACUGUCUCGCAACACCAUCAUGAAAUGGGCUAUUUCGUUGAGUUGGCCGGUGGUUCCGCUCUUACGGCACCUGCACGCUUCCUCACUGAUGAUACUCACAAGAAUGAUCCCAGCCAAGAACUCCAAAUUGGUCAGACCGUUAUCGCGUAUGUGUCGUCAGUGGACGUUCAGCGGAAACGUUUCUCGUUGCUUUUGAAUCCGUCAUUGUGCUACGAGGCAACUGAAGAAGAGAGUUAUUGUUGGAUGGGAAUGCGUUUACUUGAAUACACAAUUGCUGAUCUGGAAUGGUGCUUGUCGAACUUAGAAAGUAAACAAAAUGUACCAUCUCUGGGAAGUGAAAUAAGUGUGACGAUAAUUCAGCCGUUAAAUGACGUGCUCAUCAUUGAAUAUGGUGAACAAAAGUUGAAAGGAUGUGCGCGUAAAGGGAAUUUCCCGACUCGUACCUAUAAGAAAGGAGAGACGGUGAAGGCGCUGUUGAUCGAUAUAGCGUUGCCGUCGUGCGAACUUGAUGUGUUCAUAAUCGAUGAAUCUAACGAUCAAACUCACAAACAUCUCAGACAAGGAAAGGAUAAGGUGAAUGAAGAGGCUGGCAAAAAGAAAGUGAAACCCUUCAUGAUAUAUCCAGCAAAAGUAAUCGGUCUAUGGAACCGAGGUGCAAAAUCAUCGUGUGCGAUUGAGCUGGAAUUACCCGGAGGCAAUCUCGGACGUUUGCAUGGCUCUGAAUUGAACGAAGCGUUAUUGGAGAAGGAAAAGUUCCCGUUAGCGGCAUUUUUACGAGCUAAACUCGGGAAAACGUUGAAUGUGAAAGUGAUCGCAAUCGGGAAAAUCACCGAGAGUACAUCGAAGAAGCCAGAUUUAUCGAAGCCAACCAAACUGAAACCGAUUGAUGAAGAAAAGAAUAUCACAUCGUGUGUUCGAGUGGCCGAAUGUACUCUACGUAACUGGAAGAUGGCUGAGGGAAGGAAAAAGCAGUCACUGUUGGGAUAUCAACAAGAUUACAUUCAAGGAGAAUGGUUAACAGUUUUUGUGAAGAAACCGAUCGUGGGCGGGACACUGCAAGUGGAGGUAUCGCCAGUGUGCAGCGGAAUCGUCGAAAAACAAAAUCUGGGCGAAGACAAUCUGGAAGUGAAAGGUGACGAACGCGUGAUAGGACGUGUUAUACUCCAAAGCACAUCACCAGCAAGUGUCACUUUUGCGUUGUCGAACGGUCAACGAGCGAUUAUCACUCCGACCGCUGUGAAUAGUUGUUAUACGAAAGCGUUGAAUGAUAUUCGAUCGUAUCAGUUCAAUGAGGUUUAUUUCAUAUAUUUAAUUCGAUUCGACGAUGAAGCAGGGCGAUGGAUAGCUGUGAGUGAGUCUCGUUACGAUGAAUGUUCCGCUCCUUCUGGAACUAAAAAAGUCACUGUUCGAAAUCCACUUCUCAAGAGCGUUAAUGAUAUUGAGGAGAAUUCUUCGUUGGAAGGCUUCGUGAGCUCAACUUCUAAUGAUCACACUUACGUUGAAAUAGCACCUGGAAUUUCAGGACGUCUCGAACAAAGGAAGUAUGCAUUUUUUUUAAAUAGAAAAUAUACACUGUUCAUUCUCAGCCGAAAGUUUUAUCUUCAUUCCCUUUCCGUAUCAGUUUUAGUUAACUCGAAUGGAAUUAAUUUGUCGAUUUGUUUUUUCCACUAA